UGGGCUCAGGAGGCCAUACCUGUUUGGGACAAUAAUAAUGGAAAGCCGUUUAAAAUAAUUCCACAUUACUAUACAUAUGGUCUGAAUUCUAGUCAAUUAUGUCGUCUCCACGGCUGGCAGAGGAGCACACAAGAGGUUCAAGUGAUCGAUACAAUCAUAUUCUCAAUAGAGUUGGACUUAUUGGAGAUCCGACUCAAAGAGUUGUGGCCUUUUGUCGACCACUUCAUUGUCUUAGAGGCCGACAGAACUUUCACCGGAAGACAAAAACCACUUCAUCUGAACGAAAGUUUACAUCAGUUUAUAUGGGCUAAAGACAAACUAAGAUAUCAUUUCUAUGAAGGAUUAGAAGAGUUGGAAGCGGGAGAGGAUCCGUUCAAAAAUGAGGGCAAAAUGCGAAAGUUUUUAAAUAAAAUAGUGUCUAAAUAUGCCCGAAAUGGUGAUGUGAUUAUCUGCUCAGACGUGGAUGAGAUGCCAUCGCGACAAACAGCACAACUAAUCAAAGAGUGCACCGGAUAUCCAACUAAUAUGAAUCUAAUGCUGAGAAUGUAUUUAUACUCAUUUGAGUUCUUCCUGGUGGACGACCAGGAGAGCCGAUCCGCUCACAUCACUCUCUAUAACGACACACACUUUCAAUAUACUCACGGAAGGCAUUCCGACUACUUAUUGGCCGAUUCGGGCUGGCACUGCUCCUUCUGCUUCCGACACAUCUCUGACUUUAUAUUCAAAAUGACUUCGUAUUCACACAACGAUAGAGUCAUUGAUCCGAAAGUGUUGGACAAGAAUGAGAUCCAGAGGAAGAUAUGCGACGGAAAGAAUAUAUACGAUAUGUUACCCGAGUUUUACACCAUUCAGGAGAUGAUUGUGAAGUUGGCGCCGAUAUCUAAGUCCAAAGCGAUGACUCAUUUGCCAAAACAUUUGAUUCAAAAUCCGGAAAAGUUUCGCUUUUUAUUACCCGACGGUUGUGAACUGCUGGACGAGUCGGUGGACAUCACCUCCACGUCAUCCGCGUCUUUGUUGUUGGCCUUCGCAUCGAGCGACGGGUGGUGUGGGUAUGAAAGCGCCGACACAUUGGGCUUAAUAUCGUGUCCCCACGCGAACGACGAGCCGCUGGAAGUGCUGGCCGUACUCGAGGGUCGGGCCAUCUCUUGCUGCUGCUGUUGCUGCGGUGUCUGUCCGCCGGCGCCACCGCCAGACGACAUGUUGGGGUCGCUGGCGUUGGCCAACAGUCCCGACCGCAUCUCCACGUCCGUGGGAUAG